GCAAAGUAAUAGUUCUAUCAUUCGAUCAAAUUCCCCAACAACAACAUCUCAGAUUAUGGCCAGAAAGAAAAGAAGAGGGAUUAUAGAGAAAAGGCGCCGUGAUCGUAUAAAUAACAGUUUAUCAGAGCUGAGGCGGCUUGUGCCAACUGCUUUUGAAAAACAAGGAUCUGCCAAAUUAGAAAAAGCGGAAAUACUACAAAUGACAGUGGAUCAUCUGAAGAUGCUGCAGGCAACGGGAGGUAAAGGUUAUUUUGACGCUCAUUCUUUGGCCAUGGAUUUCAUGAGCAUUGGCUUCCGGGAGUGCUUGACAGAAGUCGCGAGGUACCUGACUUCGGUGGAAGGUCUCGACACGUCUGACCCGCUGCGUGUUAGACUCGUGUCUCACCUGAGCACCUGCGCCUCUCAGAGGGAAGCGGCCGCCAUGACCUCCUCCAUGGCCCACCACCACCACCACCCCUUGCACCCCCACCACUGGGCAGCCGCCUUUCACCACCUCCCGGCCGCUCUGCUGCAGCCCAACGGACUCCAUGCCUCCGACGCUGCCCCGUGCAGACUCUCCUCGGACAUGCCCCCCCACGGCUCCGCCCUGCUCACAGCCACCUUUGCCCACGCCGAUGCCGCCCUCAGAGUCCCCUCCGCUGGCACCGUCGCUCCCUGUGUCCCUCCUCUCUCUACCUCCCUCUUGUCCCUCUCGGCUACCGUUCAUGCCGCAGCGGCGGCAAUCACCCCUCCGUUGGCCGUAUCAGCCACCGCCAGCCCUCAGCAGGCUGGCAGUGGGGGCACCACUAAACCAUACCGACCAUGGGGGACUGAAGUUGGAGCCUUUUAA